AUGAAAAAUAAGUUGGCCGCACCGCCGUACGUACGGCGGGCCGGCGAGGGCCGGCCUACCGCCGGUGACCGGACCGUACGGUUAGCACGGUACGGUAGCUGCCACCUGGUGACCGUCGGCGGCGGGCCCGGGCCCGCGGGGGAGGAGCAGGAGUUGUCGCAGGGGAACGCGGUCAUCCUGUAUGGCCUCUUCCUCGAAGGAGCCUCGUGGUCCCAGCGAGAGAGCGGCAGGCUCGUCGACCCUCCAGCUCGCACCCAGCUCAGCGACUUCCCUCGCCUCCUCCUCUCCGUCUUCCGCGAAGUCUCCACCAGCGAUCCCAGCGCCGACCCCAGCUCGCACGCGGGGAUCCGAGACACCCACGGUGUCAUCUACAUGUGCCCCUGCUACACCGGGCUGAGAAGGAGCAGGGAAAGCCUCCUCUUCAUGGUUCCCAUCUACACCGAAGAGCCUGCCAUGGUCGCCCGUUGGACCCUCCGAAAGGUCGCGCUCGUGGCGAACAAGUUUUAA